UUUCUGGGCAGCUUCUCGGGAUUCCGCUGCCGCCACUUCCUGGAGCUGAUGCUGCUCGGGAUCCAGGACGAUGUCUUCUUACAGGGACAUGAUCGGGGACUGGGAUCGGGCCGUCAGGGCCAUCGAGCAGAGGGACUGGCUCUCCGCCCUCAGCCACCUGAGCCGCAUCACCGACCCCGGCUCCAAAAUCUGCUUCACCCUCGGCUGCAUCCACCUGAGGACCGGAGACCUUCCCGGGGCCCUGAAGGCUUUUGACCAAACGAUUGCUAAAGAUGACCGAUUGGCAAUCUGUUUCUUCCAGAGAGGUGCAGUUCAUCUCCGAUUAGAGAUGCUUGAUGAGGCACUGGGAGACUUUAAACAUGCUCUAAAUAAUUUACGAGGCAAUUCAGUGAUUGACUACACACAGCUGGGACUACGGCACAGAUUACACUCCUGGGAGGUUCUGUACAACUUAGCUGCGGUGUACAGCAGACUGGGCCAGUGGUUGGAGGCUCAGCAAAGCCUGGAGGAUGCUGUGCAAUCAAGGGCCCAGGGCAGCAACACUGAGCUUGAAAGAGCGCUAGACAUGGUGAAACGCAAUAACACCUUUGAACCAGUUGAUGUGCCUGAGGGGAUUGUGUUCAAACCUCGCAAACAUGAGGUGGACGAGCUGAAUAUGAAAGACUUCCUGGGAACACCCAAGGUGAUCUCAUCUGUUGACCCAAAUGACAGCUUCGCUGGAUUCAAGCCACUUUGCCCACGGAAAUUGGGGGAGCAAGUUGUGCGAGGUACAAGAGGAUAUCACUAUCUGCUGUUUGACUUCACUCCGAAAACAGCAAGUGAGGUUGAAGCAAAAGCAGGGAAUGUUGUGUUUGUCCUAGAGAAUGGAGAGGAUGGAUGGUCAACUGUUAUUGCUAAUAAUCAGAGAGGGUUAAUUCCAACUGCGUACUUGGAGGUUUGGGCUGGAAGCAGAGGUAACAAGCAAAGGCAAGUACCUGGAAAUGUUAGUCAGACAGCUCCCCAAGCUCCAGCCAGCAGACCCACAGGAACUGAAGGAGCAGCUCAUUUAAAGACUGUCACAUCCGCAGCAAGAUCUGGGAAGGACUGCUUGCUUCCUGAGACCGUGAUAAUAAAGGUUCACUAUGAAUACACUGUGGCAACGUGGGUGCAGCCAGGAAUAACUUACACAGAUCUUCUGAGCAACUUCAAAUCCAAACUGGGCCGACAGUCAGGACAGAUACAAUUAAGUUACAAGGACGAGGAGAAACAAGAAUUGGUAAUGAUCAGAGGAGAUGAAGAUCUAGACAGGAUGUGGAAUCAGAUUGUUGAUCGUCGCCUUACUCUUUGGUGUAAGGUAAGAAUGAGGAGCGCUGCAGAAACAGAUGUUAAUUUGCAGCCAAUAGACAAAAUCUCAUCUGAAUUUAGCAUCUCAGGUGCACUGUAG